AUGACACAGAAAGUCAAUCUGUCUUCAGUCUCCCUCGGAGUGGAGGGCAUGACAUGUGGCUCCUGUGUCCAGUCCAUAGAGCAGCGAAUUGGGACGCUCCCCGGGGUCAUACAUAUAAAGGUGUCUUUAGAGCAGAAGAAUGCCACUGUAUUAUUUGACCAGAGCCACCAGAGCCCAGAGUCUCUGUCGGAGGCCAUCGAGGACAUGGGCUUUGAAUCGAGUCUAUCAGCGUCCAGCGCAGCCACCCCCGUCUCCACGGACACCCAGCUGAUCCCCACCUCAGGCCUGACACCUGCAGCCCAGCAGGAGGCUCUGGAGAAGCUGUCCCAGAUACAGGGAGUGUUGGACGUCAGAGAGAGCCCCUCCCCGAUGGGUCUCACUGUUACCUUUGUUCCUUCCCUGACUUCUUCUUCGCAGCUGAGUGAGGCGGUGGAGGUCCCAGCACCCAGCAGCCCAAUGCAAAUAACCCCAAACAUGUCUCCAUCGCACACUGCGGAUGGCGGGGCGGCGCUCCUCAAACUGAGCAUUGAAGGAAUGACCUGUCACUCCUGCACUACUACCAUUGAAGGAAAGAUUGGAAAACUAAAUGGGAUUGAGAAGAUCAAAGUUGUUUUGGAGACUCAGGAAGCUACAAUCGUGUACCUGCCUUACCUCAUCACUGUCCAAACCAUCACCGACCAGAUUGCUGUUUCUGGCUUCAAGGCGUUCGUCAAGUCCAAGCCUCGCCUCCUGCAGCUGUCCCUCAGCGAAAUCGGACGUUUAGUUGAUUCCCAAAAACCAACUCUCUCUUCACCAUCAGAGGCAUCAGAGGAGUCAGAAAUCUUCAUAGACACAAAACUUAUUGCGCUCAGGGUAAAAGGUAUGCACUGCCGUUCAUGUGUGGUCAAUAUCCAGGACAAUAUCUCCGUGCUGCCUGGUGUCUCCUCAGUGGAGGUUUCUCUGGAGAAGGAGAAGGCCUCCGUCUGUUACGACCCUGUAAAGGUCACUGUGGCUCAGUUGCAGCAGGCCAUUGAAGCGCUGCCUCCAGGGAACUUCAAGACACAGCUCUGGGGCUCCUUGGCCUCUCUCAGUCCUGUUCCCACUCUGCCCACUGCUCUCUUAACUCCCCCCCGGCCUGCUCGAGCAACACAGGCCACACCCGCUGCGUCACAGCCCUGCUUCACCCAGCCUCUAGCAUCCACAGUUAAUAUUCACAUCGAGGGCAUGACAUGCAACUCCUGUGUCCAGUCCAUUGAAGGCAUGAUCUCCCAAAGGAAAGGGGUCACGUCGGCCCAGGUCUCUCUGUCCGAGCACCAGGGGACCUUCGAGUACGAUCCACUCCUGACCACACCUGAGGAGCUGAGGGAGGCUGUGGAGGACAUGGGCUUUGAUGCCUUCCUACCUGAGACCAAUUCAUUGCUUCCUGUACUAAAACCAAGUCUCUCAAAGUCUUCAAAUCUAUCAAAUGUGAAAGAUAAUGAGCUAGACGGUGACCUACAGAAAGAGACUCGGGCACGCAACGGAGACAAAAACGCUAAAUGCUUCAUCCAGAUCGGAGGGAUGACCUGUGCUUCCUGUGUGGCAAACAUCGAGAGAAACCUCAAGAAUGAAACUGGUAUCCACUCUGUACUGGUAGCACUGAUGGCGAGUAAAGCAGAGGUGCGUUAUAACCCUGAUCUCAUCGACCCUGUGAAGAUAGCCGAGUGUGUGAAAGAGCUCGGCUUCUCCGCCUCUGUGAUGGAGAACUAUGAAGGUUCAGAUGGAAACCUAGAACUCGUGGUCAGGGGAAUGACGUGUGCCUCUUGUGUUCACAAGAUUGAAUCCAGCCUCAUGAAAGAAAAGGGGAUUAUAUAUGCCUCUGUUGCCUUAGCAACCAACAAAGCACACAUUAAGCACGACUCUGAAAUUAUAGGGCCGCGAGACAUCAUCAAACUGAUCAAGAAUCUGGGGUUUGAAGCUUCUUUGGUGAAGAGGGACCGCACUGGCAGUCACCUGGACCACAGCAAAGAGAUACGGCAAUGGAGGAAAUCUUUCCUGGUGAGCUUGGUUUUCUGCGUGCCUGUCAUGGGCAUGAUGACCUACAUGAUGAUCAUGGACCACAACAUGAAUGUUUCACACCAACACAACGCCACCAUGGACGACCGCAACCACUACCACGCCACCAUGUUCCUGGAGAGACAGCUGCUCCCAGGCCUCUCCAUCAUGAACCUGUUGUCCUUCCUCUUCUGUGUGCCUGUACAGUUUAUUGGAGGUCGCUACUUCUACAUUCAAGCCUACAAAGCCCUGAAACACCGAUCUGCCAACAUGGAUGUGCUCAUAGUGCUGGCUACCUCCAUAGCCUUCACCUACUCACUGAUUGUCCUCAUAGUGGCCAUGGUGGAGAAGGCAAGAAUCAACCCCAUCACCUUCUUCGACACACCGCCGAUGCUCUUUGUCUUCAUCUCCCUGGGGCGCUGGCUGGAGCAGAUAGCCAAGAGCAAGACAUCUGAGGCUUUGUCCAAGCUGAUGUCCUUACAAGCUACUGAGGCCACGGUGGUGACUCUCAGCAGCGACAAGUCCCUUCUCAGCGAGGAGCAGGUGGAUGUGGAGCUGGUGCAGAGAGGCGAUGUGGUGAAAGUGGUUCCUGGAGGGAAGUUUCCAGUCGAUGGGCGGGUCAUCGAGGGACACUCCAUGGCCGACGAGUCUCUGAUCACAGGUGAAGCCAUGCCGGUGACGAAGAAGCCCGGCAGCUCAGUGAUCGCAGGCUCCAUUAACCAGAAUGGCUCUCUGCUGGUCCGGGCUACACAUGUUGGCCUGGACACCACGCUGUCUCAGAUCGUCAAACUAGUGGAGGAGGCUCAGACUUCAAAGGCUCCCAUCCAGCAGUAUGCAGAUAAGAUCAGUGGCUACUUCGUGCCCUUCAUUGUUGUCAUAUCUUCACUCACACUGGUCGUCUGGAUUGUCAUCGGGUUUUUAGACUUCUCUCUGGUGGUGGAGUACUUUCCUGGUUACGAUAAGAGCAUUUCCAGGACAGAGGCAGUGAUUCGCUUCGCCUUCCAGGCCUCCAUAACGGUGUUGUGCAUCGCAUGUCCCUGUUCCCUCGGCUUGGCAACCCCGACAGCUGUCAUGGUGGGCACAGGGGUUGGUGCCCAGAAUGGCAUCCUGAUAAAGGGAGGAGAGCCACUCGAGAUGGCGCAUAAGGUCCAGACAGUGGUGUUUGAUAAGACUGGGACAAUCACAUAUGGCGCCCCGAAGGUGAUCCAGGUCAAGAUAGUUGUGGAGGGGAACAGGAUGCCUCGCUCCCGACUGCUGGCCAUCGUGGGCACAGCUGAGAACAACAGUGAGCACCCUCUGGGAGCAGCCAUCACCAAAUACUGCAAACAGGAGCUCAGCACGGAGUCUCUUGGCGCCUGCACGGACUUCCAGGCGGUGCCGGGCUGUGGGAUCAGAUGUCAGGUCAGCAACACGGAGACCCUGCAGAGGCAGUCGGACAGCGACAGCGAGGACAACAACCAGCGCAACAGCAUCCUCGUCCAGAUCAGUGACACCCGGAUGUCCACCAGCUCCCAUCCCCUCAUCAUGGACCCACAACCGCUAAGCCUCGUCCAGACGGCCACCUACAUUGUCCUGAUUGGAAACAGAGAGUGGAUGAGGAGGAACUGCCUGCAGGUCAGCCCGGACAUCGAUGAGGCCAUGAUCGAGCACGAGCGCAGAGGACGCACGGCUGUCCUCGUGGCUGUCGACAACACUCUGUGUGCGAUGAUAGCCAUAGCAGACACGGUGAAGCCAGAGGCGGAGCUGGCCGUCCACACCCUGCUCAGCAUGGGGCUGGAGGUGGUGCUGAUGACCGGAGAUAACAGCAAGACGGCACGAGCUAUCGCUGCUCAGGUGGGCAUCAGGAAGGUGUUUGCCGAGGUGCUGCCCUCCCACAAGGUGGCCAAGGUGGAGCAGCUGCAGCAGGCAGGAAAGAUCGUAGCCAUGGUGGGCGACGGCGUCAACGACUCUCCUGCUCUGGCCAUGGCUGACGUAGGCAUCGCCAUAGGAACUGGGACAGAUGUGGCCAUAGAGGCAGCAGACGUGGUGUUGAUCAGGAAUGACCUCCUGGAUGUGGUGGGCAGCAUCGACCUCUCUAAAAAGACCGUCCGGAGGAUCAGGAUCAACUUUGUCUUUGCUCUUAUCUAUAACCUGGUUGGCAUCCCUAUUGCUGCUGGUGUGUUUCUCCCCAUUGGUCUGGUGUUACAGCCGUGGAUGGGCUCUGCUGCCAUGGCGCUGUCCUCGGUCUCCGUGGUCUUAUCUUCCCUGCUGCUCAAAUGUUACACAAAGCCCACGGCGGAGAUGCUGGAGGCCAGGCUGGGGAACAGCAGGCGUCCGGGCAGCCUGUCCGACGUCAGCGUCCACAUCGGGAUGGGCGAGAUGCGGCGUCCCUCCCCCAGACUCAGCCUGCUGGACCGCAUCGUCAACUACAGCCGGGCCUCCAUCAACUCCCUGCGCUCCGACAAGCACUCCCUCAACAGCUUGGUGCUCAGCGAGCCCGACAAACACUCCCUGCUGGUGGGGGAGGCGCAGUGUGAGGAGGAGUUCUGCUGAGGCUCACACGGCCCUCAUGGUUUUAAGCUGAAGUAGAUAACAACAUUUAUUCUAGGCUAGGAAAUUGAAUAAUUGCUGCUGUAGGUGCCUUAGGGCAGCAAUGUUGACUUGGAAAAAAAGCUUACAUGUCCCUGGAUUUUCUUUUAGCUCAACCAGCUGAUCACAUGCACUUCAGAGAGGGAGGAGAGGUUUCUCUCCCUCAGUUGCAGACUAUCUUUUGUUGAGGUCAUCGCCCCAGGGCCCAGUCUUUGACUGAGCCUUUGACUCUCUGUGGGCAUGAAGCAUCUACAGAGCUUUGAAGCGUCCACAUCCAGGAAGCAGAGAGAUAAUCGCCUCUGAUCUGCCAGUACAAUCUUUCCAAAGACAUUUUAACCGUGGUGCCCGGUAUAAGAGAAGACACUACCAGGUUAUAUUUUAACACUUUACCUUAAAUGGGAAAUUAUAAUGUUGUAUAAUUAUAUUCCAGAGUAUUUAUAUUACCCUUAUUUAUCUCUUUUUUUCAUUAUAUUCUAUGUGAAGAAUGAAGUUGUCGAAUCCAAAUGUAUCCACAGAAUGUGUAAUUACUGAUUAAGGAAAGGCAUGAAGACUCGUGAAGUCAAUCGAAAAAGAAACCAGCUGAAGACUGAAUUUUGUGCUACCAGAGUUGGCUGUUAAUGUCACAUUGUAACCCAAGUGCCAAUCCAAGUGCCACCUCGGCAAAGUCCAUCACAUUCCAAAGAUAGCAGCGCACAGAGGUUACUUUGGAUUAAUGUGGAUAAAGUGUGAACAGAGAUAAGGUCAACGCCUCGCAGCAGAGACGCUGAAUGGUGACGGCAGGUAUAGAACACCUCUCAUAGGUUUCUAUAGGUGUGUCUGCAUCUUCAGUUAUCAUUGUUAGAAAUGAACAGAAAUUGUUACAUGGGUGACUUUGUGCUGAAAUUACUUUAUUUGCUCGUUGCAAAGAGAAGGUUUUGUGUUGGAUGCAGUUCGUUGUGAAAAAGAAAAAUGUGUCUUUUUAUACAGAAGACAUGUUGACAUGUCACACACAGGAAAAGCAGAAGGGAAGUUAAUGAGGAAUGAUGUUGGGAAACUUUAAUAGAACGGACAUUUUCACUAACAAAUAUCCUUUUCCUACUCAAGUCAAAAUGUCUGCUGUGGAAAAGGCCUUUUGCGAAAGCCUUUGUUUUCUUUCUGUCAUCACACUAGAUAAGAUGUUGUUACUGUUUCCAGGAAUUUAUUUCAGUGGUGGCAAAUCUCUGCUUUUUAUUAUGUGAUUCACACUGUUGCACUUGAUCAAAGAACCAUCUUUAAACCCAGGGGAGCAGGAAACACAGCUGUGACUCAGCAGUUCCACCAAACAAGUUACUGAGAGGCAAAUAUUGAAGAAUUAAGUAGAUUGUUUCUUUAAAAUCAUUGUAGGAGAGGAAAAGUUGAGAUUACAUCUUGCAAUCAAAGACAGCUUCUGGUCAGCUUUAUUUUUCUAUAAUGUAAAAGUAUUUCAAAAAUGAUGCUGAAUUAUUCUCUGCUGUGUCAAAUCUGGAGAUAAUCAUUACAGUCCAGCUAUUCCUUGCAUUUCUGUGUCCCAAGCUUCUAUAGUAUUUCUGUUAGGUGAUAUAAAAUACCAUCAGUUUGUCCUGCCACUUUCCCAUGAUGCAUUAUGUUCUGUAGCUAUCACAGCCAGCUAGGUGCCAAUCUGUUGUUGUUUGUUUGUUUGUAAAGACGUCCAUAGGGCUUAGGAUCUGUGUGCACUUAAAUUUAAGCAAGUCCAUGUUUGCUGUCUUUCAUAUUUCUUCUGAACGUGAUGUGCCUUGGAAUAAAACGCUUUUGUAAUCUCA